UCACCAUUCCCCGCCCCUGGACCCCGCGGCCCACCUCGCACCCAGGGCCCGUGCCCAAUGUGAAUCAACCCGCCCCAGGGGAACCGUAGCGGCCGCAGAGGCCCCGCUCGCUAUAACGGCCGCGGAGAAGCUGCGAGCCUCCCGCCUCCGCGGUGGAUACGUCGCCAUCUUGGAUCCGCGGGACAAGAAAAUUCAUGCGAGGGAGAACUGGUGGGCGGUCCUUCCUGUGACACGACCCUUGAGUGACAGUUCUGUUUGAUUGCCUCCAGUACUGUGAGGAAAGGACACGACUCUAUGGUGAGGACUGAUGGACAUACAUUAUCUGAGAAAAGAAACUACCAGGAGUUUAUUUGAGCCAAACAGGUCACAUACUGGGAAAUAGGAUCUCAAAUACUUCCGUGGAGCUGACAUUUUAAAGCAUAGAAAGACAUUAAACAAAAGAAAUUAAAUGCAUUGUAAAUUAUAUGCUGAUACAAUCUGGAGAAAAAAAAAUAAAGUAGGAAAGGUGACAAACAGCAUGUUUGGUGCUUCAAGAAAGAAGUUUGUAGAGGGGGUCGACAGUGACUACCAUGACGAAAAUAUGUACUACAGCCAGUCUUCUAUGUUUCCACAUCGGUCAGAAAAAGAUAUGCUGGCAUCACCAUCUACAUCAGGUCAGCUGUCUCAGUUUGGGGCAAGUUUAUACGGGCAACAAAGUGCACUAGGCCUUCCAAUGAGGGGAAUGAGCAACAAUACCCCUCAGUUAAAUCGCAGCUUAUCACAAGGCACUCAGUUACCGAGCCACGUCACGCCAACAACAGGGGUACCAACAAUGUCACUUCACACGCCUCCAUCUCCAAGCAGGGGUAUUUUGCCUAUGAAUCCUAGGAAUAUGAUGAACCACUCCCAGGUUGGUCAGGGCAUUGGAAUUCCUAGCAGGACAAAUAGCAUGAGCAGUUCAGGGUUAGGUAGCCCCAACAGAAGCUCGCCAAGCAUAAUAUGUAUGCCAAAGCAGCAGCCUUCUCGACAGCCUUUUACUGUGAACAGUAUGUCUGGAUUUGGAAUGAACAGGAAUCAGGCAUUUGGAAUGAAUAACUCCUUAUCAAGUAACAUUUUUAAUGGAACAGAUGGAAGCGAAAAUGUGACAGGAUUGGACCUUUCAGAUUUUCCAGCAUUAGCAGACCGAAACAGAAGGGAAGGAAGUGGUAACCCAACUCCAUUAAUAAACCCCUUGGCUGGAAGAGCUCCUUACGUUGGAAUGGUAACAAAACCAGCAAAUGAGCAAUCCCAGGACUUCUCAAUACACAACGAAGAUUUUCCAGCAUUACCUGGUUCCAGCUAUAAAGAUCCAACAUCAAGUAAUGAUGACAGUAAAUCUAAUUUGAAUACAUCUGGCAAGACAACUUCAAGUACAGAUGGACCCAAAUUCCCUGGAGAUAAAAGUUCAACAACACAAAAUAAUAACCAGCAGAAAAAAGGGAUCCAGGUGUUACCUGAUGGUCGGGUUACUAACAUUCCUCAAGGGAUGGUGACGGACCAAUUUGGAAUGAUUGGCUUGUUAACGUUUAUCAGGGCAGCAGAGACAGACCCAGGAAUGGUACAUCUUGCGUUAGGAAGUGAUUUAACAACUUUAGGCCUCAAUCUGAACUCUCCUGAAAAUCUCUACCCCAAAUUUGCAUCACCUUGGGCAUCUUCACCUUGUCGACCUCAAGACAUAGACUUCCAUGUUCCAUCUGAGUACUUAACGAACAUUCACAUUAGGGAUAAGCUGGCUGCAAUAAAACUUGGUCGAUACGGAGAAGACCUUCUCUUCUAUCUCUAUUACAUGAAUGGAGGAGACGUAUUACAACUUCUAGCUGCAGUAGAGCUUUUUAACCGUGAUUGGAGAUACCACAAAGAAGAACGAGUAUGGAUUACCAGGGCACCAGGCAUGGAACCAACAAUGAAAACCAAUACAUAUGAGAGGGGAACAUAUUACUUCUUUGACUGUCUUAACUGGAGGAAAGUAGCUAAGGAGUUCCAUUUGGAAUAUGACAAAUUAGAAGAACGGCCUCACCUGCCAUCCACCUUCAACUACAACCCUGCUCAGCAAGCCUUCUAAAAAAAGACUUCCCUUUUCUUGGGGUAUGGCUGUCUCAGCACAAUACUCAACAUAACUGCAGAACUGAUGUGGCUCAGGCACCCUGGUUUUAAUUCCUUGAGGAUUUGGCAAUUGGCUUAUGCAAAGGGUCACCAUUUGAGGUCCUGCCUUACUAAUUAUGUGCUGCCCAACAACUAAAUUUGUAAUUUGUUUUUCUCUAGUUUGAGCAGGGUCUGAAUUUUUUCAUUAUUUUCUUUUUUGCCAGCAGACAGACUUGGGUCUAUAAAGACAAGCAAGUACACUGACAGAAGUUUACCAUUUAGUUUCUAAAAUGUAAAAAAGAAAACCCACAAAAGACUCAACAAAAUUAGACCACAAAAUUUGCAUUGUUCAUUGUAGCACUAUUGGUAAUAAAAUAACAAAUGUUUGUGCAUUUUUAUGUGAAGAUCCUUCUCGUAUUUCAUUUGGAAAGAUGAGCAAGGUCUGCUUCCUUCAUUUUACUUCCCCUUCUGUUUUUGAAAGGCAGUUUCGCCAAGCUUAAUGCAAGAGUAUCUGACUGUUUAGAAGAAAGAUAUUGCCACAAUCUCUGGAUGGUUUCCAGGGUUGUGUUAUUACUGAGCUUCAUCUUUCCAGAAUGAGCAAAACACUGUCCAGUCUUUGUUACGAUUUUGUAAUAAAUGUGUACAUUUUUUUUAAAUUUUUGGACAUCACAUGAAUAAAGGUAUGUAUGUACGAAUGUGUAUAUAUUAUAUAUAUGACAUCUAUUUUGGAAAAUGUUUGCCCUGCUGUACCUCAUUUUUAGGAGGUGUGCAUGGAUGCAAUAUAUGAAAAUGGGACAUUCUGGAACUGCUGGUCAGGGGACUUUGUCGCCCUGUGCACUAAAGGGCCAGAUUUUCAGCAGCCGAGGACACCCAUACCCAAGUGAAUGUGAUGGGACUUAAAGAAGUGACUGAGACGAUUCACUCUGGCUGUUUGAACAGCAGCGUUUCAUAGGAAGAGAAAAAAGAUCAAUCUUGUAUUUUCUGACCACAUAAAGGCUUCUUCUCUUUGUAAUAAAGUAGAAAAGCUCUCCUCA